CACAGCCCUGGGACACUGCCCUUGGAACUUCAUGCUGGAAGGGCGCAGGAGCACAGGCUGCCCAGGUUGCCUGUUUGUGUCGGGGUGGGGAGGGCCGGCAAGGUGGCGCCCUGGGAGCUGCCUCCCACUCUGGACUGUUCCUGAUGAUGGUCCCGGGGCCCCUGGAGGACCAGAGUGGCAAAGUUCUGCAACAGUCAGGGUGGAGGGGCUGCUGAGGGGUGGGCGGCUGUGGACAGGGCCUGUCACCUGGGACAUGGUUGGGGGUCCCACGGGGUUGGAGUGACGCCUCUGAAGGGUUGAGGAGCCCAAGUGUGGUCCAUGGUGGGUAAAAGGCUUUCCUGGGAGGCUGAGGUCUGCCCCCCCGGGGAAGCUCGUGGGGUGCCCAGACCCAAAACGUGGCAGAGAAAGAAGACAGCCUCUGCAGAUGUCUCAGUGCCUGAUGGAUUUCCUGGGAGCCCCAGGGGUGACCAUGAUGGCCCCCUUCCUGCUCGGCCUGUUUCCUCAUCUGUGAUACGGGUUGUCAGGGAGGAAGAUGGCUCCUGAAUCCUCAAGUGUCCUUGCUUGGUGAGCCCUUCUCUGGCCCCAGGCCUGCUGACUGGCGGGGACGCCUCCUGACGGGGCUGCCACGAGCCCCCCAGACCCUGCAGUCGGCCUCCUGGGUCUGCACCAGGUGACAGAAUGCAGGCCCCAGGGCCAUGGUGCCAUCCCUGGCAGCUGAUGAGGACCUCAGUGUCUACCCGCUCUUCCCAGGCCAAGGUCCCCGCUGCCACUCUCAUGGAUCAGUCACAGUUCAGCGGGGCGCCCCGCUUCCUCACCCGGCCCAAGGCCUUCGUGGUGUCGGUGGGCAAGGACGCCACCCUCAGCUGCCAGAUCGUGGGGAAUCCCACGCCACAGGUGAGCUGGGAGAAGGACCAGCAGCCGGUGGCGGCGGGCGCGCGCUUCCGUCUGGCCCAGGACGGCGACCUCUACCGCCUCACUAUCCUGGACCUGGCGCUGGGCGACAGUGGGCAAUACGUGUGCCGCGCGCGCAAUGCCAUAGGCGAGGCCUUUGCCGCUGUGGGCCUGCAGGUGGACGCGGAGGCCGCCUGCGCCGAGCAGGCGCCGCACUUCCUGCUGCGGCCCACGUCCAUCCACGUGCGCGAGGGCUCAGAGGCCACCUUCCGCUGCCGCGUGGGUGGCUCCCCGAAGCCGGCAGUGAGCUGGUCCAAGGACGGGCGGCGCUUGGGUGAGCCCGACGGCCCCCGCGUGCGCGUGGAGGAGCUCGGUGAGGCGAGUGCGCUGCGCAUUCGGGCGGCGCGGCCGCGCGACGGCGGCACUUAUGAGGUCCGCGCCGAGAACCCGCUGGGCGCCGCCAGCGCCGCCGCUGCGCUCGUGGUGGACUCGGACGCCGCGGACACUGCCAGCCCUCCCGGGACCUCCACUGCCGCGCUCUUGGCGCACCUGCAGCGGCGGCGCGAGGCCAUGCGCGCCGAGGGCGCCCCGGCCUCACCGCCCAGCACCGGCACGCGCACCUGCACUGUGACCGAAGGCAAGCACGCGCGCCUCAGCUGCUACGUGACUGGCGAGCCCAAGCCCGAGACGGUGUGGAAGAAGGACGGCCAGCUGGUGACCGAGGGCCGGCGCCACGUGGUGUACGAGGACGCGCAGGAGAACUUCGUGCUCAAGAUCCUCUUCUGCAAGCAGUCGGACCGCGGCCUCUACACCUGCACGGCGUCCAACCUCGUGGGCCAGACCUACAGCUCUGUGCUGGUCGUAGUGCGCGAACCCGCGGUUCCCUUCAAAAAGCGGCUGCAAGAUCUGGAGGUGCGGGAGAAGGAGUCGGCCACGUUCCUGUGCGAGGUGCCCCAGCCGUCCACUGAGGCCGCGUGGUUCAAGGAGGAGACGCGGUUGUGGGCGAGCGCCAAGUACGGUAUCGAGGAGGAGGGCACCGAGCGCCGCCUAACCGUGCGCAAUGUCUCGGCCGACGACGACGCGGUGUACAUCUGCGAAACGCAGGAGGGCAGCCGCACGGUGGCGGAGCUCGCAGUCCAAGGAAACCUCCUCCGAAAGCUCCCUCGGAAGACGGCGGUGCGCGUGGGCGACACGGCCAUGUUUUGCGUGGAGCUGGCGGUCCCGGUGGGCCCCGUCCGCUGGGUGCGGAACCAGGAGGAGGUGGUGACCGGGGGCCGCGUAGCCAUCUCCGCAGAGGGCACGCGCCACACACUGACUAUCUCCCAGUGCUGCCUGGAGGAUGUGGGCCAGGUGGUCUUUAUGGCUGGCGACUGCCGGACGUCCACCCAGUUCUGCGUGUCGGCCCCCAGGAAGCCUCCCCUGCAGCCCCCUCUGGAUCCUGUGGUGAAGGCCAAGACAGAGAGUUCCGUGAUCCUCAGCUGGUCCCCACCACCCCAUGGGGAGCGCCCUGUCACCAUUGACGGCUACCUGGUAGAGAAGAAGAAACUUGGCACCUACACGUGGACCAGGUGCCACGAUGCUGAAUGGGUGGCUACACCUGAGCUGACCGUGGCUGAUGUGGCUGAGGAGGGGGACUUCCAGUUCCGAGUGUCAGCUCUCAACAGCUUUGGUCAGAGUCCCUACCUGGAGUUCCCAGGGAAUGUCCACCUGGCUCCCCAGCUGGCCGUGAGGACACCGCUGAAGGCAGUGCAGGCAGUGGAGGGUGGCGAGGUCACUUUCUCUGUGGACCUUACGGUGGCCUCAGCGGGUGAGUGGUUCCUGGAUGGGCAGGCCCUGAAGGCCAGCAGUGUGUUUGAGAUCCGCUGUGAUGGCACCUGGCACAUGCUUACCAUCCGGGAGGUGCCUGCCAGCCUGCACGGGGCGCAGCUGAAGUUCGUGGCCAAUGGCAUUGAGAGCAGCAUCCGGAUGGAGGUCCAGGCGGCACCAGGGCUGACUGUCCACAAGCCGCCAGCCGCAGCUGCCCGGGAGGUGCUGGCUCGGCUGCACGAGGAGGCGCAGUUGCUGGCUGAGCUGUCAGAUCAGGCUGCGGCUGUGACAUGGCUGAAGGAUGGUCGCAUGCUGCCCCCAGGCCCCAAGUAUGAGGUGCAGGCAUCGGCCGGGAGGCGGGUGCUCCUUGUGCGAGAUGUGGCCCGGGAAGAUGCAGGCCUCUAUGAGUGCGUCAGCUGCGGGGGCCGCAUCGCCUACCAGCUGUCCGUGCAAGGCCUCCCAUGCUUUCUGCACAAGGACAUGGCAGGCAGCUGUGUGGAUGCCGUGGCUGGGGGCCCGGUGCAGUUUGAGUGUGAGACCUCCGAAGCCUAUGUCCACGUGCACUGGUACAAGGAUGGCAUGGAGCUGGGCCGCGCCGGUGAGCGCUUCUUGCAGGAGGAUGUGGGGACGCGGCACCGGCUGGUGGCAGCCACAGUCACCAGGCAGGAUGAGGGCAUCUACUCCUGCCGUGUGGGCGAGGACUCUGUGGACUUCCGGCUCCGCGUCUCUGAGCCCAAGGCGGUGUUUGCCAAGGAGCAGCCGGCUCGCAGGGAGGUUCAGGCCAAGGCGGGGGCCAGCGCCACGCUGAGCUGCGAGGUGGCCCAGGACCAGACGGAGGUGACGUGGUACAAGGAUGGGAAGAAGCUGAGCUCCAGCUCGAAAGUGCACGUGGAGGCUGUGGGCUGUACGCGGAGGCUGGUGGUGCAGCAGGCGGGCCAGGCAGACGCUGGGGAGUACAGCUGUGAGGCCAGGGGACAGAGGGUCUCUUUCUGCUUGGACGUUGCAGAGCCCAAGGUGGUGUUUGCCAAGGAGCAGCUGGCACACAGGAAGCUGCAGGCAGAGGCAGGAGCCAGUGCCACACUGAGCUGCAAGGUGGCCCAGGCCCAGACAGAAGUGAUGUGGUACAAGGACGGGAAGAAGCUGAGCUCCAGCUCGAAAGUGCGCAUGGAGGCCACAGGCUGCACGCGAAAGCUGGUUGUGCAGCAGGCAGGCCAGGCGGAUGCCGGGGAGUACGUCUGUGAGGCUGGGGGCCAGCGGCUGUCCUUCCAUCUGGACGUCAAAGAGCCCAAGAUGAUGUUUGCAAAGGAGCAGUCAGUGCAUAAUGAGGUGUGGGCUGAGGCGGGGGCCAGUGCCAAAUUGAGCUGUGAGGUGGCCCAGGCUCAGAUGGAAGUGAAGUGGUACAAGGAUGGGAAGAAGCUGAGCUCUAGCUCAAAAGUGCGCAUGGAGGUCAAGGGCUGCACAAGGAGGCUGGUGGUACAGCAGGUGGGCAAAGCAGAUGCUGGGGAGUACAGCUGCGAAGCUGGGGGCCAGAGGGUCUCCUUUCAACUACACAUCACAGAGCCCAAGGCGGUGUUUGCCAAGGAGCAGUCGGUGCAUAAUGAGGUGCAGACCGAGGCAGGAGCCAGCGCCACACUGAGCUGUGAGGUGGCCCAGGCCCAGACGGAGGUGACGUGGUACAAGGACGGGAAGAAGCUGAGCUCCAGUUCGAAAGUGCGUGUAGAGGCCACAGGCUGCAUGCGGCAGCUGGUGGUGCAGCAGGCAAGCCAGGCAGAUGCUGGGGAGUACAGCUGUGAGGCCGGGGACCAGCGGCUCUCCUUCCACCUGGAUGUUUCGGAGCCCAAGGUGGUGUUUGCAAAGGAGCAGCCAGCACACAGGGAGGUGCAGACCGAGGCGGGGGCCAGUGCCACGCUGAGCUGUGAGAUGGCCCAGGCCCAGACAGAGGUGACAUGGUACAAGGAUGGGAAGAAGCUGAGCUCCAGCUCGAAAGUGCGAAUGGAGGCCGUGGGCUACACACGGAGGCUGGUGGUGCAGCAGGCAGGCGAGGCGGACGCCGGGGAGUACAGCUGCGAGGCCGGGGGCAAGCAGCUCUCUUUCCGCUUGCAUGUGGCAGAGCCCAAGGCGGUGUUUGCCAAGGAGCAGCUGGUGCACAGGGAGGUGCAGGCCCAGGCGGGGGCCAGCGCCACGCUCAACUGCGAGGUGGCCCAGGCCCAGACGGAGGUGAUGUGGUACAAGGACGGGAAGAAGCUGAGCUCCAGCUCGAAAGUGCAUGUGGAGGCCGAGGGCUGCACACGGAGGCUGGUGGUGCAGCAGGCGGGUCAGGCAGACGCUGGGGAGUACAGCUGCGAGGCGGGGGGCCAGCGGCUCUCCUUCCGCCUGCACGUGGCAGAGCCCAAGGCAGUGUUUGCCAAGGAGCAGCCAGUGCGCAGAGAGGUGCAGGCCGAACUGGGGACCAGUGCCACGCUGAGCUGUGAGAUGGCCCAGGCCCAGACAGAGGUGACGUGGUACAAGGACGGGAAGAAACUGAGCUCCAGCCCGAAAGUGCGAAUGGAGGCCGUGGGCUGCACACGGAGGCUGGUGGUACAGCAAGUGGGCCAGGCAGACACUGGGGAGUACAGCUGCGAGGCCGGGGGUCAGCGGCUCUCCUUCGGCCUGCACGUGGCAGAGCCCAAGGUGGUGUUUGCCAAGGAGCAGCCGGCGCACAGGGAGCUGCAGGCUGAGGUGGGGGCCAGUGCCACGCUGAGCUGCGAGGUGGCCCAGGCCCAGACGGAGGUGACAUGGUACAAGGACAGGAAGAAGCUGAGCUCCAGCUCGAAAGUGCGCGUGGAGGCCGUGGGCUGCACACGGAGGCUGGUGGUGCAGCAGGUGGGCCAGACAGAGGCUGGGGAAUACAGCUGCGAGGCUGGGGGUCAGCGGCUCUCCUUCCGCCUACAUGUGACAGAGCCCAAGGUGGUGUUUGCCAAGGAGCAGCCGGCACACAGGGAGGUGCAGGCUGAGGCGGGGACCAGCACCAUGCUGAGCUGCGAGGUGGCCCAAGCCCAGACGGAGGUGAUGUGGUACAAGGACAGGAAGAAGCUGAGCUCUAGCUCAAAAGUGCGCGUGGAGGCCGUGGGCUGCACACGGAGGCUGGUGGUGCAGGAGGCAGGCCAGGCGGAUGCCGGGGAGUACAGCUGCGAGGCUGGGGGCCAGCGGCUCUCCUUCCACCUACAUGUGGCUGAGCCCAAGGUGGUGUUUGCCAAGGAGCAGCCGGCAUGCAGGGUGGUGCACACGGAGGCGGGGGCCAGUGCCACACUGAGCUGUGUGGUGGCCCAGGGCCAGAUGGAGGUGACGUGGUACAAGGAUGGGAAGAAGCUGAGCUCCAGCUCGAAAGUGCACGUGGAGGCCGAGGGCUGCACACGGAGGCUAGUGGUGCAGCAGGCGGGCCAGGCAGAUGCUGGGGAGUACAGCUGUGAGGCGGGGGGCCAGUGGCUCUCCUUCCACCUGCACGUGGCAGGGCCGGAGCCCCAAAUUUCAGAGAGACCCUGCCGCAGUGAGCCUCUGGUGGUCAAGGAGCAUGAAGACAUCGUCCUGACUGCCACGCUGGCCACACCCUCUGUGGCCACAGUGACCUGGCUUAAGGAUGGUGUGGAGAUUCGCCGCAGCAAGCGGCACGAGACAGCCAGCCAGGGGGACACCCACACCCUGACCGUGCAUGGCGCUCAGGUGCUGGACAGUGCCGUCUACAGCUGCCGUGUGGGCGCAGAGGGGCAGGACUUCCCAGUGCAGGUGGAAGAGGUGGCCGCCAAGUUCUGCCGGCCGCUGAAGCCUGUGUGCGGUGAGCUGGGCGGCACGGUAACACUGGCCUGUGAGCUGAGCUCAGCGUGUGCAGAGGUGGUGUGGCGCUGUGGCAGCACGCAGCUUCAGGCGGGCAAGCGCUUCCAGAUGGUGGCCGAGGGGCCUGUGCGCUUGCUCACUGUGUUGGAGCUGCGUGCGGAGGACGCGGGGGAGUACGUAUGCGAGAGCCGUGAUGACCACACCAGUGCGCAGCUCACUGUUAGUGUACCCCGAGUGGUGAAGUUUAUGUCUGGGCUGAGCACCGUGGUCGCGGAGGAGGGCUGCGAGGCCACCUUCCAGUGUGUGGUGUCCCCCAGUGAUGCGGCAGUCGUGUGGUUCCGGGACGGUGCCCUGCUGCAGCCCAGCGAGAAGUUUGCCAUAUCACAGAGUGGCACCAGUCACAGCCUGACUAUCUCCGGCCUGGUGCUGGAGGACGCGGGCCAGAUCACUGUGGAGGCUGAGGGCGUCUCAUCCUCUGCUGUCCUGAGGGUCCGAGAGGCGCCCGUGCUGUUCAAAAAGAAGCUGGAGCCGCAGACGGUGGAGGAGCGGAGCUCGGUGACCAUGGAGGUGGAGCUGACACGGCCAUGGCCGGAGCUGAGGUGGACACGGAACGCGGUGGCCCUGGUGCCGGGAAAGAACGUGGAGAUCCACGCCGAGGGCGCCCGCCACCGUCUGGUUCUGCACAACGUAGGUUUUGCCGACCGUGGCUUCUUUGGCUGCGAGACUCCGGAUGACAAGACACAGGCCAAACUCACCGUGGAGAUGCGCCAGGUACGGCUCAUCAGGGGCCUGCAGGCAGUGGAGGCACAGGAGCAGGGCACGGCUACCAUGGAGGUGCAGCUGUCGCAUGCGGACGUGGAGGGCAGCUGGACUCGAGACGGUCUCCGGCUCCAGCAGGGGCCCACGUGCCACCUGGCUGUGCGGGGCCCCACACACACCCUCACGCUCUCUGGGCUGAGGCCAGAGGACAGUGGCCUUAUGGUUUUCAAGGCCGAAGGAGUGCACACGUCGGCACUGCUCGUGGUCACCGAGCUGCCUGUGAACUUCAGCCGCCCGCUGCAGGAUGUGGUGACCACCGAGAAGGAGAAGGUUACCCUGGAGUGUGAGCUGUCUCGUCCUAAUGUGGAUGUGCGCUGGCUAAAGGACGGUGUGGAGCUGCGGGCAGGCAAGACAGUGGGCAUUGCGGCCCAGGGCACCUGCAGGAGCCUCACCAUUUACCGGUGCGAGUUCGCGGAUCAGGGCAUGUAUGUGUGUGAUGCCCAUGACGCCCAGAGCUCUGCCUCUGUGAAGGUGCAAGGCCGCAACAUCCAGAUCGUGAGGUCCCUGGAGGAUGUGGAAGUGAUGGAGAAGGACGGUGCCACCUUCUCCUGUGAGGUCUCCCACGACGAAGUGCCUGGCCAGUGGUUCCGGGAGGGCAGCAAACUGCGGCCCAGUGACAACGUGCGCAUCCGCCAGGAAGGAAGGACAUACACUCUCAUCUACCGGAGGGUCCUGGCGGAAGAUGCAGGAGAGAUCAAAUUUGUAGCUGAAAAUGCAGAAUCUCGAGCCCAGCUCCGAGUGAAGGAGCUGCCAGUGACCCUCGUGCGCCCUCUGCGGGACAAGAUUGCCAUGGAGAAGCACCGCGGUGUAUUGGAGUGUCAGGUGUCCCGGGCCAGCGCCCAGGUGCGGUGGUUCAAGGGCAGUCAGGAGCUGCGGCCCGGGCCCAAGUACGAGCUGGUCAGUGAUGGCCUCUACCGCAAGCUGAUCAUCAGUGACGUCCAGGCAGAGGACGAGGACACCUACACCUGCGACGCCGGCGAUGUCAAGACUAGUGCACAGUUCUUUGUGGAAGAGCAAUCCAUCACCAUUGUGCGGGGUCUGCAGGACGUGACGGUGAUGGAGCCUGCUCCUGCCUGGUUUGAGUGUGAGACCUCCAUCCCCUCAGUGCGGCCACCUAAGUGGCUCCUGGGGAAGACAGUGUUGCAGGCUGGGGGGAACGUGGGCCUGGAGCAGGAGGGCACGGUGCACCGGCUGAUGCUGCGGCGGACCUGCUCCACUAUGACCGGGCCCGUGCACUUCACCAUCGGCAAGUCUCGCUCCUCUGCCCGCCUGGUGGUCUCAGACAUCCCCGUAGUCCUCACACGGCCGUUGGAGCCCAAGACAGGGCGUGAGCUGCAGUCAGUGGUCCUGUCCUGCGACUUCCGGCCAGCCCCCAAGGCUGUGCAGUGGUACAAGGAUGACACACCCCUGUCUGCCUCUGAGAAGUUUAAGAUGAGCCUGGAGGGUCAGAUGGCCGAGCUGCGUAUCCUCCGGCUCAUGCCUGCCGAUGCUGGUGUCUACCGGUGCCAGGCGGGCAGCGCCCACAGCAGUACUGAGGUCACUGUGGAAGCGCGGGAGGUGACAGUGACAGGGCCGCUGCAGGAUGCAGAGGCCAUGGAGGAGGGCCGGGCCAGCUUCUCCUGUGAGCUGUCCCAUGAGGACGAGGAGGUCGAGUGGUCGCUCAACGGGAUGCCCCUGUACAACGACAGCUUCCAUGAGAUCUCGCACAGGGGCCGGUGCCACACGCUGGUACUGAAGAGCGUCCGGCGUGCUGAUGCAGGCACAGUAUGCGCCUCCUCCCCCAAGGUGUCAACCUCUGCCCACCUGGAGGUCCGAGUGAAGCCGGUGGUGUUCUUGAAGGGGCUGGAUGACCUGUCCGCAGAGGAGCAUGGCACCCUGGCCCUGCAGUGUGAGGUCUCUGACCCCGAGGCCCAUGUGGUGUGGCGCAAAGAUGGCGUGCAGCUGGGCCCCAGCGACAAGUAUGACUUCCUGCACACGGUGGGCACGCGGGGGCUCGUGGUGCAUGACCUGAGCCCCGAGGACGCCGGCCUGUACACCUGCCACGUGGGCUCCGAGGAGACCCAGGCCCGGGUCAGCGUGCACGAUCUGCACGUGGGCAUCACCAAGAGGCUGAAGACCGUGGAGGUGCUGGAGGGGGAGAGCUGCAGCUUUGAGUGCGUCCUGUCCCAUGAGAGUGCCAGCUACCCAGCCAUGUGGACAGUCGGUGGGAAGACGGUGGGCAGCUCCAGCCGCUUCCAGGCCACACGUCAGGGCCGAAAAUACAUCCUAGUGGUCCGGGAGGCUGCGCCGAGUGAUGCUGGGGAGGUGGUCUUCUCUGUGCGGAGCCUCACCUCCAAGGCCUCACUCAUUGUCAAAGAGAGGCCGGCAGCCAUCAUGAAGCCCCUGGAAGACCAGCAGGUGGCAGCAGGGGAGGACGUGGAGCUGCGCUGUGAGCUGUCACGGGCGGGCACGCCUGUGCGCUGGCUGAAGGAUGGGAAGGCCAUCCGCAAGAGCCAGAAGUACGAUGUGGUCUGUGAGGGCACGAUGGCUGUGUUGGUCAUCCGCGGGGCCUCGCUCAAGGACGUGGGCGAGUACACGUGUGAGGUGGAGGCUUCCAAGAGCACAGCCAGCCUCUGUGUGGAAGAAAAAGCAAACUGCUUCACAGAGGAGCUGACCAACCUGCAGGUGGAGGAGAAAGGCACAGCUGUAUUCACGUGCAAGACGGAGCGCCCCGCGGCCACAGUGACCUGGCGCAAGGGCCUCUUGGAGCUACGGGCCUCAAGGAAGCACCAGCCCAGCCAGGACGGCCUGGCCCUGCAGCUCACCAUCAGUGCCCUGGAGAAGGCAGACAGCGACAUCUAUACCUGCGACAUCGGCCAGGCCCAGUCCCAGGCCCAGCUCCUCGUGCAAGGCCGGAGAGUGCACAUCAUCGAGGACCUGGAGGACGUGGAUGUGCAGGAGGGCUCCUCGGCCACCUUCCGUUGCCGGAUCUCCCCGGCCAACUACGAGCCUGUGCACUGGUUCCUGGAUAAGACACCCCUGCAUGCCAACGAGCUCAAUGAGAUUGAGGCCCAGCCUGGGGGCUACCACGUGCUGACCCUGCGGCAGCUGGCGCUCAAGGACUCGGGCACCAUCUACCUCGAGGCGGGUGACCAGAGGGCCUCAGCCGCCCUGCGGGUCACUGGUAAGCCAAGUGUCUUCUCCCGGGAGCUUACAGAUGCCACCAUCACAGAGGGUGAGGACUUGACCCUGGUGUGCGAGACCAGUGCCUGCGACAGCCCUGUGUGCUGGACCAAGGAUGGGAAGACCCUGCGGGGAUCUGUCCGGUAUCAGCUGAGCCACGAGGGCCACCGAGCCCAGUUGCUCAUCACUGGGGCCACCCUGCAGGACAGCGGACGCUACAAGUGUGAGACUGGGGGCGCCUGCAGCAGCUCCAUUGUCAGGGUGCACGCCCGGCCAGUGCGGUUCCAGGAGGCCCUGAAGGACCUGGAGGUGCGGGAGGGUGGUGCUGCCACACUGCGCUGUGUGCUGUCAUCUGUGGCUGCGCCCGUGCAAUGGUGCUGUGGAGACAAUGUCCUGAGGCCAGGUGACAAAUACAGCCUACGCCAGGAAGGUGCUGUGUUGGAGCUGGUGGUCCGCAACCUCCGGCCGCAGGACAGCGGGCGGUACUCAUGCUCCUUCGGGGACCAGACUACUUCUGCCACCCUCACGGUGACUGCCCUGCCUGCCCAGUUCAUCGGGAAACUGAGAAACAAGGAGGCCACAGAAGGGGCCACAGCCACGCUGCGGUGUGAGCUGAGCAAGGCGGCCCCCGUGGAGUGGAGAAAGGGGUCCAAGACCAUCAGAGAUGGGGACAGAUACUGCCUGAGGCAGGACGGGGCCAUGUGUGAGCUGCAGAUUCGUGGCCUGGCCAUGGUGGAUGCUGGGGAGUACUCGUGUGUGUGUGGAGAGGAAAGGACCUCAGCCUCACUCACUAUCAGGGCCAUGCCUGCCCACUUCAUAGGAAGACUGAGACACCAAGAGAGCACAGAAGGAGCCACAGCCACACUGCGGUGUGAGCUGAGCAAGAUGGCCCCCGUGGAGUGGAGGAAGGGCCGUGAGAGCCUCAGAGAUGGGGACAGACACAGACUGAGGCAGGAUGGGGCUGUGUGUGAGCUGCAGAUCUGUGGCCUGGCCGUAGCAGAUGCUGGGGAGUACUCCUGUGUGUGUGGGGAGGAGAGGACCUCUGCCAUUCUCACCGUGAAGGCUCUGCCUGCCAGGUUCAUAGAAGAUGUGAAAAACCAGGAGGCCAGAGAAGGGACCACAGUCAUGCUGCAGUGUGAGCUGAACAAUGCAGCCCCUGUGGAGUGGAGGAAGGGGUCUGAGACCCUGAGAGAUGGGGACAGAUACAGCCUGAGGCAGGAUGGGACCAAAUGUGAACUGCAGAUUCGUGGCCUGUCCAUGGUAGACACUGGGGAGUACUCGUGUGUGUGUGGGCAGGAGAGGACCUCGGCCAUGCUCACUGUCAGGGCGCUACCCAUCAAGUUCACAGAGGGUCUGAGGAACGAAGAGGCCACAGAAGGGGCAACGGCCACACUGCGGUGUGAGCUGAGCAAGGUGGCCCCUGUGGAGUGGUGGAAGGGGCAUGAGACCCUCCGAGAUGGAGACAGACAUAGCCUGAUGCAGGACGGGGCCAGGUGUGAGCUGCAGAUCCGCGGCCUGGUGACAGAGGAUGCUGGGGAGUACCUGUGCAUGUGCGGGAAGGAGAGGACCUCAGCCAUGCUCACCGUCAGGGCCCUGCCUUCCAAGUUCAUAGAGGGUCUGAGGAAUGAAGAGGCCACAGAAGGGGCCACGGCCAUACUGUGGUGUGAGCUGAGCAAGGUGGCCCCGGUGGAGUGGAGGAAGGGGCAUGACUGCCUCAGAGAUGGGGACAGACACAGCCUGAAGCAGGAUGGGUCCAGAUGUGAGCUGCAGAUCCGUGGCCUGACUGUGGUGGAUGCCGGCGAGUACUCGUGUGUGUGUGGGCAGGAGAGGACCUCAGCCAUACUCACUGUCAGGGCCCUGCCUGCCAGAUUCAUAGAAGACGUGAAAAACCAGGAGGCUAGAGAAGGGGCCACAGCCGUGCUGCAGUGUGAGCUGAGCAAGGCGGAUCCCGUGGAGUGGAGGAAGGGGUCUGAGACCCUGAGAGAUGGGGACAGAUACAGCCUGAGGCAGGACGGGACCAGAUGUGAGCUGCAGAUUCGUGGCCUGUCCGUGGCAGACACUGGGGAGUACUCGUGUGUGUGUGGGCAGGAGAGGACCUCGGCCACGCUCACCAUCAGGGCCCUGCCUGCACGAUUCACUCAAGAUCUGAAGACCAAGGAGGCCUCAGAAGGGGCCACAGCUACACUGCAGUGUGAGCUGAGCAAGGUGGCCCCUGUGGAAUGGAAGAAGGGUCCUGAGACCCUCAGAGAUGGGGGCAGAUACAGCCUGAAGCAGGAUGGGACGAAGUGUGAGCUGCAGAUCCAUGACCUGUCUGUGGCAGAUGCUGGGGAAUACUCAUGCAUAUGUGGACAAGAGAGGACCUCGGUCACGCUCACCAUCCGGGCCCUGCCCGCCAAGUUCACAGAGGGUCUGAGGAAUGAAGAAACCAUGGAAGGGGCCACAGCCACACUGCAAUGUGAGCUGAGCAAGGCAGCCCCUGUGGAGUGGAGGAAAGGCCUCGAGGCUCUCAGAGAUGGGGACAAAUAUAGCCUGAGACAAGAAGGGGCUGUGUGUGAGCUGCAGAUUCAUGGCCUUGCUAUGGCAGAUACCGGGGUGUACUCCUGCGUGUGUGGGCAGGAGAGGACCUCAGCUACACUCACUGUCAGGGCCUUGCCUGCCAGAUUCAUAGAGGAUAUGAGAAGUCAGAAGGCCACAGAAGGGACUACAGUCACACUGCAAUGUAAGCUAAGAAAGGCGGCCCCCGUGGAGUGGAGAAAGGGGCCCAACACCCUCAGAGAUGGGGACAGAUACAGCCUGAAGCAGGAUGGGACCAGGUGUCAGCUGCAGAUUCAUGGCCUGGUCAUAGCAGAUGCUGGAGAAUACUCGUGCAUAUGUGAGCAGGAGAGGACCUCGGCCAUGCUCACUGUCAGGGCCCUCCCGGCCAGAUUCAUAGAAGAUGUGAGAAAUCACGAAGCCACAGAAGGGGCCACGGCUGUGCUGCAGUGUGAGCUGAGCAAGGUGGCCCCUGUGGAGUGGCGGAAGGGGUCUGAGACCCUUAGAGAUGGGGACAGAUACAGUCUGAGGCAGGACGGAACGAGGUGUGAGCUGCAGAUUCGUGGCCUGGCUGUGGAGGAUACUGGAGAGUAUUUGUGUGUAUGCGGGCAGGAGAGGACCUCAGCUACACUCACCGUCAGGGCCCUGCCAGCCAGAUUCAUAGACAACAUGACAAACCAGGAGGCCACAGAAGGGACCACAGCCACACUGCAGUGUGAACUGAACAAGGCGGCCCCUGUGGAGUGGAGGAAGGGACCUGAAACCCUCCGAGAUGGGGACAGAUAAAGCCUGAGGCAGGACGGGACCAGGUGUGAGCUACAGAUUCGUGGCCUGGCUGUGGCAGAUGCCGGGGAGUACUCGUGCAUUUGUGGGCAGGAGAGGACCUCAGCCACACUCACCAUCAGGGCCUUGCCUGCCAAGUUCACAAAGGGUCUGAAGAAUGAAGAGGCCACAGAAGGGGCCACAGCUAUGCUGCAAUGUGAGCUGAGCAAGGCGGCCCCUGUUGAGUGGAGGAAGGGACCUGAAACCCUCAGAGAUGGGGACAGAUAUAGCCUGAGGCAGGACGGGACCAGAUGUGAGCUGCAGAUUCAUGGCCUGUCCGUGGCAGACACUGGGGAGUACUCAUGUGUAUGUGGGCAGGAGAAGACGUCAGCCACUCUCAUUGUCAAGGCCCCACAGCCAGUGUUCCGGGAGCCGCUGCAGAGUCUGCAGGCAGAGGAGGGCUCCACAGCCACCCUGCAGUGUGAGCUGUCUGAGCCCACUGCUACAGUGGUCUGGAGCAAGGGUGGCCUGCAGCUGCAGGCCAAUGGGCACCGGGAGCCACGGCUUCAGGGCUGCACUGCGGAGCUGGUGUUACGGGGCCUACGACGUGAAGACACUGGAGAAUACACUUGCACCUGUGGCUCCCAGGCCACCAGCGCCACCCUCACUGUCACAGCUGCCCCUGUGCGGUUCCUCCAAGAGCUGCAGCCCCAGGAGGUGGAUGAGGGAGGCACAGCACACUUCCGCUGUGAGCUGAGCCGGGCGGGUGCAAGUGUGGAGUGGCGCAAGGGCUCCCUGGAGCUCUUCCCUUGUGCCAAGUACCAGAUGGUGCAGGAUGGUGCAGCUGCGGAGCUGCUGGUACACGGAGUGGAGCAGGAGGAUGCGGGUGACUACACGUGCGACACGGGCCACACACACAGCAUGGCCAGCCUCUCUGUCCGUGUCCCCAGGCCCAAGUUCAAGACCCAGCUGCAGAGCCUGGCGCAGGAGACAGGUGACAUAGCCCGGCUGUGCUGUCAGCUGAGCGAUGCAGAGUCGGGGGCCACGGUGCAAUGGCUCAAGGAGGGUGUGGAGCUGCAUGCGGGCCCCAAGUACGAAAUGCGGAGCCAGGGGGCCAUGCGGGAGCUGCUGAUCCACCAACUGGAGGCCAAGGACACGGGCGAGUAUGCCUGCGUGACAGGUGGCCAGAAAACCACUGCCUCCCUCAGGGUCACAGAGCCUGAGGUGACCAUUGUGCGGGGGCUGGUUGAUGCAGAGGUGCUGGCCAAUGAGGAUGUUGAGUUCAGCUGCGAGGUGUCCAGGGCUGGAGCCACAGGCAUGCAGUGGUGCCUACAAGGCCUGCCACUGCAAAGCAAUGAGGUGACAGAAGUGACUGUGCAGGAUGGCCGCAUCCACACACUGCGACUGAAGGGUGUGACACCUGAGGAUGCUGGCACUGUCUCCUUCCAUUUGGGCAACUGUGCUUCCUCCGCCCAGCUCACCAUCAGAGCUCCUGAGGUGACCAUCCUGGAGCCCCUGCAGGACGUGCAGCUCAGUGAGGGCCAGGAUGCCAGCUUCCAGUGCCGGCUAUCCAGAGCUUCAGGCCAGGAAGCCUGCUGGGCUUUAGGAGGGGUGCCCCUGCAGGACAACGAGAUGAAUGACAUCACUGUGGAGCAGGGCACACUCCACCUGCUUACCCUGCACAAGGUGACCCUUGAAGAUGCUGGAACUGUCAGUUUCCACAUGGGCACGUGUAGCUCUGAGGCCCAGCUGAAAGUCACAGCCAAGAACACAGUGGUGCGGGGGCUGGAGAACGUGGAGGCGCUGGAGGGCGGCGAGGCGCUGUUCGAGUGCCAGCUGUCCCAGCCUGAGGUGGCUGCCCACACCUGGCUGCUGGACGACGAACCUGUGCGCACCUCGGAGAACGCCGAGGUGGUCUACUUUGAGAACGGCCUGCGCCACCUGCUGCUGCUCAAAAACUUGCGGCCGCAAGACAGCUGCCGGGUGACCUUCCUGGCUGGGGAUAUGGUGACGUCUGCGUUCCUCACGGUCCGAGGUUGGCGCCUGGAGAUCCUGGAGCCGCUGAAAAACGCGGUGGUCCGGGCCGGUGCGCAGGCCCUCUUCACCUGCACGCUCAGCGAGGUGGUGCCCGUGGGAGAGGCGUCUUGGUACAUCAAUGGUGCCGCGGUGCAGCCGGAUGAUGCCGACUGGACUGUCACUGCCGAUGGCAGUCACCACGCCCUACUGCUGCGCAGCGCCCAGCUCCUCCAUGCCGGGGAGGUCACCUUCGCUUGCCGCGACGCCGUGGCUUCUGCGCGACUCACCGUGCUGGGCCUCCCUGACCCCCCAGAGGAUGCUGAAGUGGUGGCUUGCAGCAGCCACACUGUGACACUGUCUUGGGCAGCUCCCAUAAGUGAUGGAGGCGGUGGUCUCUGUGGCUACCGCGUGGAGGUGAAGGAGGGGGCCAUGGGCCAGUGGCGGCUGUGCCACGAGCUGGUGCCUGGACCUGAGUGUGUGGUGGAUGGCCUGGCCCCCGGGGAGACCUACCGCUUCCGUGUGGCAGCUGUGGGCCCAGUGGGUGCUGGGGAACCGGUUCACCUGCCCCAGACUGUGCGACUUGCAACGCCACCGAAGCCUGUGCCUCCCCAGCCCUCUGCCCCUCAGAGCCGGCAGGUGGCAGCUGGUGAGGAUGUCUGUCUGGAGCUUGAGGUGGCAGCUGAGGCUGGCGAGGUCAUCUGGCACAAGGGAAAGGAGCGCAUCCAGCCCAGUGGGCGGUUCGAGGUGGUCUCCCAGGGUCGGCAACAAAUGCUGGUGAUCAGGGGCUUCACGGCAGAAGACCAGGGCGAGUACCACUGUGGCCCAGCCCAGGGCUCCACCUGCCCCGCGGCUGCCACCUUCCAGGUGGCGCUGAGCCCAGCCUCUGUGGAUGAGGCCCCUCCUCAGCCCAGCCUGCCCCUUGAGGCAGCCCAGGAGGGCGACCUGCACCAACUAUGGGAGGCCCUGGCUCGGAAACGUCGCAUGAGCCGUGAGCCCACGCUAGACUCCAUUAGCGAGUUGCCUGAGGAGGAUGGCCGCUCACAGCACCUGCCACAGGAGGCAGAGGAGGUGGCACCUGAUCUCUCCGAAGGUUACUCCACGGCUGAUGAGCUGGCACGCACUGGAGAGGCUGACCUCUCACACACCAGCUCUGAUGAUGAGUCCCGGGCAGGCACCCCUUCCCUGGUCACCUACCUCAAGAAGGCUGGGAGGCAAGGCACCUCACCACUGACCAGCAAGGUUGGGGCCCCAGCAGCCCCCUCUGUGAAGCCACAGCAGCAGCAGGAGCCGCUGGCUGCUGUGCGCCCACCGCUGGGAGACCUGAGCACCAAAGACCUGGGUGAUCCCUCAAUGGACAAGGCAGCUGUGAAGAUCCAGGCCGCCUUUAAGGGCUACAAGGUCCGGAAGGAGAUGAAGCAGCAGGAAGGGCCUAUGUUCUCCCACACAUUUGGGGACACUGAGGCACAGGUAGGGGAUGCCCUGCGGCUGGAGUGUGUUGUGGCCAGCAAGGCAGAUGUGCGAGCCUGCUGGCUGAAGGAUGGUGUGGAGCUGACCGACGGGCGGCACCAUCACAUCGACCAGCUUGGGGAUGGCACCUGUUCUCUGCUGAUCACUGGCCUGGGCCAUGCUGAUGCUGGCCACUACACCUGUCAGGUGAGCAACAAGUUUGGCCAGGUGGCCCACAGUGCCUGUGUGGUGGUCAGUGGGACAGAGAGUGAGGCCGAGAGCUCCUCUGGGGGUGAGCUGGACGAUGCUUUCCGCCGGGCUGCCCGGCGGCUGCACCGGCUCUUCCGCACCAAAAGCCCGGCUGAGGUUUCAGACGAGGAGCUCUUCCUGAGUGCAGAUGAGGGCCCUGCAGAGCCAGAGGAGCCUGCGGACUGGCAGACAUACCGCGAAGAUGAGCAUUUCAUUUGCAUCCGUUUUGAGGCACUCACCGAGGCCCGCCAGGCGGUAACUCGCUUCCAGGAGAUGUUUGCCACACUGGGCAUUGGGGUGCAGAUCAACCUGGUGGAGGAGGGGCCUCGGAGGGUAGAGAUGCGCAUCAGCAAAGAGGUCCCCGCCCCUGUGGUGCCUCCAGAGCCAUUGCCCAGCCUACUGACUUCUGAUGCUGCCCCGGUGUUCCUGACCGAGUUGCAGAACCAAGAAGUGCAGGAUGGGUAUCCUGUGAGCUUUGACUGUGUGGUGAGAGGUCAGCCCAUGCCUAGUGUGCGUUGGUUCAAGGAUGGGAAGUUGUUGGAGGAGGAUGACCACUACAUGAUUAAUGAAGACCAACAGGGUGGCCAUCAGCUCAUCAUCACAGCCGUGGUGCCAGCAGACAUGGGUGUCUACCGCUGCCUGGCUGAGAACAGCGUGGGUGUCUCCUCCACCAAGGCUGAGCUCCGUGUGGACUUGACAAGCACAGACUAUGACACUGCAGCGGAUGCCACGGAGACCUCAUCCUACUUCAGUGCCCAAGGCUACUUGUCCAGCCGGGAGCAGGAGGGAACAGAGUCCACCACUGAUGAGGGCCAGCUGCCCCAGGUGGUGGAGGAACUGAGAGACCUCCAGGUGGCCCCUGGCACACGCCUGGCCAAGUUCCAGCUCAAGGUGAAAGGCUACCCUGCUCCCAGAUUAUACUGGUUCAAAGAUGGCCAGCCCCUGACCGCAUCUGCCCACAUCCACAUGACUGACAAAAAGACCCUGCACACCCUGGAGAUCAUCUCAGUCACUCGGGAGGACUCUGGCCAGUAUGCGGCCUACAUCAGCAAUGCCAUGGGUGCCGCCUACUCAUCUGCCCGGCUGCUGGUUCGAGGCCCCGAUGAGCCAGAAGAGAAGCCUGCAUCAGAUGUGCAUGAGCAGCUGGUGCCACCCCGAAUGCUGGAGAGGUUCACCCCCAAGAAAGUGAAGAAAGGCUCCAGCAUCACCUUCUCCGUGAAGGUAGAAGGACGCCCGGCGCCCACCGUGCACUGGCUCAGGGAGGAGGCUGAGAGGGGUGUGCUGUGGAUUGGCCCUGACACGCCAGGCUACACCAUGGCCAGCUCUGCACAGCAGCACAGCCUGGUCCUGCUGGACGUGGGCCGGCAGCACCAGGGCACCUACACGUGCAUCGCCAGCAACGCUGCCGGCCAGGCCCUCUGCUCCGCCAGCCUGCGUGUCUCGGGCCUGUCUAAGGUGGAGGAGCAGGAGAAAGUGAAGGAAGCACUGAUUUCCACUUUCCUGCAGGGGACCACACAAGCCGUCUCAGCACAGGGGUUGGAAACUGCGAGUUUUGCUGACCUUGGUGGGCAGAGGAAAGGAGAGCCUCUGGCUGCCAAGGAGGCCCUCAGACACCUCUCCCUUGCUGAGGUGGGCACAGAGGAGUUCCUGCAGAAACUGACCUCCCAGAUCACCGAGAUGGUAUCGGCCAAGAUCACGCAGGCCAAGCUGCAGGUGCCUGGAGGUGACAGCGAUGAUGACUCCAAGACACCAUCUGCAUCCCCCCGCCACGGCCGAUCACGGCCAUCCUCCAGCAUCCAGGAGUCUUCCUCAGAGUCAGAGGACGGCGACGCCCGAGGCGAGAUCUUUGACAUCUACGUGGUCACCGCCGAUUACCUGCCCCUGGGGGCUGAGCAGGAUGCCAUCGCACUGCGGGAAGGCCAGUACGUGGAGGUCCUGGAUGCAGCCCACCCACUGCGCUGGCUCGUCCGCACCAAGCCCACCAAGUCCAGCCCCUCACGGCAGGGCUGGGUGUCACCAGCCUACCUGGACAGGAGGCUCAAGCUGUCACCUGAGUGGGGGGCUGCUGAGGCCCCUGAGUUCCCCGGGGAGGCCGUGUCUGAAGAUGAAUACAAGUCAAGGCUGAGCUCUGUGAUCCAGGAGUUGCUGAGUUCUGAGCAGGCCUUCGUGGAGGAGCUGCAGUUCCUGCAGAGCCACCACCUGCAGCACCUGGAGCGCUGCCCCCACGUGCCCGCAGCUGUGGCCAGCCAGAAGGCAGUCAUCUUCCGCAAUGUGCGGGACAUCGGCCUCUUUCACAGCAGCUUCCUGCAGGAGCUGCAGCAAUGUGACACAGACGACGACGUGGCCAUGUGCUUCAUCAAGAACCAGGCAGCCUUUGAGCAGUACCUGGAGUUCCUGGUGGGGCGCGUGCAGGCUGAGUCGGUGGUCGUCAGCACGGCCAUCCAGGAGUUCUACAAGAAAUAUGCGGAGGAGGCCCUGUCAGCAGGGGACCCCUCUCAGCCCCCACCGCCACCUCUGCAGCACUACCUGGAGCAGCCGGUGGAGCGGGUGCAGCGAUACCAGGGCUUGCUGAAGGAGCUGAUCCGCAACAAGGCACGGAACAGACAGAACUGCGCGCUGCUGGAGCAGGCCUACGCCGUGGUGUCCGCCCUGCCGCAGCGCGCCGAGAACAAGCUGCACGUGUCCCUCAUGGAGAAGUACCCGGGCACCCUGGAGGCCCUGGGCGAGCCCAUCCGCCAGGGCCACUUCAUCGUGUGGGAGGGUGCGCCAGGGGCCCGAAUGCCCUGGAAGGGCCACAACCGUCACGUGUUCCUCUUCCGCAACCACCUGGUAAUCUGCAAGCCCCGGCGAGACUCCCGCACCGAUACCUUCAGCUACGUGUUCCGGAACAUGAUGAAGCUGAGCAGCAUCGACCUGAAUGACCAGGUGGAGGGGGAUGACCGUGCCUUUGAGGUGUGGCAGGAGCGGGAGGACUCGGUGCGCAAGUACCUGCUGCAGGCACGGACAGCCAUUAUCAAGAACUCGUGGGUGAAGGAGAUCUGUGGCAUCCAGCAGCGUCUGGCCCUGCCUGUGUGGCGGCCCCCGGACUUUGAAGAGGAGCUGGCUGACUGCACAGCCGAGCUGGGUGAGACAGUCAAGCUGGCCUGCCGCGUGACAGGCACACCCAAGCCUGUCAUCAGCUGGUACAAAGAUGGGAAACCAGUGCAGGUGGACUCCCACCACAUCCUCAUUGAAGACCCUGAUGGCUCAUGUGCCCUCAUCCUGGACAGCCUGACCAGUGUAGACUCUGGCCAGUACAUGUGCUUCGCGGCCAGCGCCGCUGGCAACUGCAGUACCCUGGGCAAGAUCCUGGUGCAAGUCCCACCACGGUUCAUGAACCAGGUCCGAGCCUCGCCCUUUGUGGAGGGAGAGGAUGCCCAGUUCACCUGCACCAUCGAAGGCGCCCCAUACCCGCAGAUCAGGUGGUACAAGGACGGGGCCCUGCUGACCCCUGGCAGCAAGUUCCAGACACUGAGUGAGCCUCGCAGCGGCCUGCUAGUGCUGGUAAUCCGGGCGGCUGGCAAGGAGGACCUGGGGCUCUACGAGUGUGAGCUGGUGAACCGGCUGGGCUCCACACGAGCUAGUGCAGAGCUGCACAUUCAGAGCCCCACGCUGCAGGCCCGGGAGCAGUGCCACAGGGAGCAGCUCGCGGGGGCAGUGGAAGACACCACCCUGGAGCGAGUGGACCAGAUCACACCUGUCCUGGAGAGACUGCUGGGCCCCAGGGUGCCAGGCCCCUUCACAGGGGACCUCACUGGCCCCAGCCCCUGCCCCGGGGGGGCACCUGCACUCCAGGAAACCGGCUCCCAACCUCCAGUCACCGGAUCUUCGGAGGCACCCGCCGUGUCCCAGAGGGUGCCACAGCCCCUCCUCCACGAAGGCCCAGAGCAGGAGCCAGAGGCCAUUGCCAGAGCCCAGGAAUGGACUGUGCCCAUUCGGAUGGAGGGUGCAGCCAGGCCUGGGGCAGGCACAGGGGAGCUGCUCUGGGACGUCCAUAGCCACGUGGUCACGGAGACUACACAGAGGACCUACACAUACCAGGCCAUCAACACACACACCGCAAGGCCCCCAUCCAUGCAGGUAACCAUCGAGGAUGUGCAGGCACAGACAGGCACAAUGGCCCAAUUCCAGGCUGUCAUUGAGGGCGACCCACAGCCCUCGGUGACCUGGUACAAGGACAGCGUCCAGCUGGUGGACAGCACCCGGCUUAGCCAGCAGCAAGAAGGCACCACAUACUCCCUGGUGCUGAGGCAUGUGGCCUCGAAGGAUGCCGGUGUUUACACCUGCCUGGCCCAAAACGCUGGUGGCCAGGUGCUCUGCAAGGCAGAGCUGUUGGUGCUUGGCGGGGACAAUGAGCCGGACUCAGAGAAGCAAAGCCACCGGAGAAAGCUGCACUCCUUCUAUGAGGUCAAGGAGGAGAUUGGAAGGGGUGUGUUUGGCUUCGUGAAAAGAGUGCAGCACAAAGGAAACAAGAUCUUGUGCGCUGCCAAGUUCAUCCCCCUACGGAGCAGAACUCGGGCCCAGGCAUACAGGGAGCGAGACAUCCUGGCCACGCUGAGCCACCCGCUGGUCACGGGGCUGCUGGACCAGUUUGAGACCCGCAAGACCCUCAUCCUCAUCCUGGAGCUGUGCUCAUCCGAGGAGCUGCUGGACCGCCUGUUCAGGAAGGGUGUGGUGACAGAGGCCGAGGUCAAGGUCUACAUCCAGCAGCUGGUGGAGGGGCUGCACUACCUGCACAGCCACGGCAUUCUCCACCUGGACAUAAAGCCCUCUAACAUCCUGAUGGUGCAUCCUGCCCGGGAAGACAUUAAAAUCUGCGACUUCGGCUUUGCCCAGAACAUCACCCCAGCAGAGCUGCAGUUCAGCCAGUACGGCUCCCCUGAGUUCGUCUCCCCCGAAAUCAUCCAGCAGAACCCUGUGAGCGAGGCCUCCGACAUCUGGGCCAUGGGUGUCAUCUCCUACCUCAGCCUGACCUGCUCAUCCCCAUUUGCUGGCGAGAGUGACCGUGCCACCCUCCUGAACAUCCUGGAGGGUCGCGUGUCAUGGAGCAGCCCCAUGGCUGCCCACCUCAGUGAAGACGCCAAAGACUUCAUCAAGGCUACGCUGCAGAGAGCCUCUCAGGCCCGGCCUAGUGCAGCCCAGUGCCUCUCCCACCCCUGGUUCCUGAAAUCCAUGCCUGCGGAGGAGGCCCACUUCAUCAACACCAAGCAGCUCAAGUUCCUCCUGGCCCGAAGUCGCUGGCAGCGUUCCCUGAUGAGCUACAAGUCCAUCCUGGUGAUGCGCUCCAUCCCUGAGCUGCUGCGGGGCCCUCCUGACAGCCCCUCCCUCGGUGUGGCCCGGCACCUCUGCAGGGACACUGGUGGCUCCUCCAGUUCCUCCUCCUCCUCUGACAAUGAGCUUGCCCCAUUCGCCCGGGCUAAGUCACUGCCACCCUCCCCGGUUACACACUCGCCACUGCUGCACCCCCGGGGCUUCCUGCGGCCCUCGGCCAGCCUGCCUGAGGAGGCCGAGGCCACUGUGCCCUCUGCCGAGGCCUCAGCUCUGCCUGCAUCUCCUGAGGGUGCUGGGCCACCGGCCGCCCAGGGCUGUGUGCCCCGGCACAGCGUCAUCCGCAGCCUGUUCUACCAGCAGGCGGGUGAGAGCCCUGAGCAUGGGGCCCUGGCCCCGGGGAGCAGGCGGCACCCAGCCCGGCGGCGGCACCUGCUGAAGGGCGGGUACAUUGCGGGGGCGCUACCUGGCCUGCGUGAGCCACUGAUGGAGCACUGCAUGCUGGAGGAGGAGGCUGCCAGGGAGGAGCAGGCCACCCUCCUGACCAAAGCCCCCUCCUUCGAGACCGCCCUCCGGCUGCCUGCUUCUGGCACCCACUUGGCCCCUGGCCGCAGCCGCUCCCUGGACACGGAACAUGACCCUCCGAGCACCCCACGCUGCUCCCCAGAGGCCUGCUGUGAGGCACAGCGACUGCCUUCAGCCCCCUCCGGGGGAGCUCCUAUGAGGGACAUGGGGCACCCUCAGGGCUACAAGCAGCUUCCAUCCACUGGUGGCCACCCAGGCACUGCUCAGCCAGAGAGUCCAUCCCUGGACCACGCUUGGGGGCAGCCAGCCCCUUUCUGUCAUGCCAAGCAGGGUUCUGCCCCCCAGGAGGGCUGCAGCCCCCACUCAGCAGUUGCCCCAUGCCCUCCUGGCUCCUUCCCUCUAGGAUCUUGCAAAGAGGCCCCCUUAGUACCCUCAAGCCCCUUCUUGGGACAGCCCCAGGUACCCCCUGCCCCUGCCAAAGCAAGCCCCCCGCUAGACUCUAAGAUGGGGCCUGGAGACAUCUCUCUUCCUGGGAGGCCAAAACCUGGCCCCUGCAGUUCCCCAGGGUCAGCCUCCCAGGCGAGCUCUUCCCAAGUGAGCUCCCUCAGGGUGGGCUCCUCCCGGGUGGGCACAGAGCCUGGCCCCUCCCUCGAUGCUGAGGGCUGGUCCCAGGAGGCUGAGGAUCUGUCCAACUCCACACCCACCCUGCAGCGGCCUCAGGAACAGGUGACCACGCGGAAGUUCUCCCUGGGGUGUCGCGGGGGCUACGCAGGUGUGGCUGGCUAUGGCGCCUUUGCCUUUGGUGGAGAUGCGGGGGGCAUGCUGGGGCAGGGACCCAUGUGGGCCAAGAUAGCCUGGGCUGUGUCCCAGUCCUCAGAGGAGCAGGAGGAGGCCAGGGCUGAGAGCCCACUGCCCCAGAUCAGUGCAAGGCCUGUGCCUGAGGUCAGCAGGGCUCCCUCUAGGAGCUCUCCAGAGCCCACCCCAUGGGAGGACGUCGGGCAGGUCUCCCUGGUGCAGAUCCAGGACCUGUCAGGUGAUGCAGAGGCGGCUGACACAAUAUCCCUGGACAUUUCCGAGGUGGACCCCGCCUACCUCAACCUCUCGGACCUGUACGACAUCAAGUACCUCCCAUUCGAGUUUAUGAUCUUCAGGAAAGUCCCCAAGCCCGCUCAGCCAGAGCCACCCUCCCCCAUGGCUGAGGAGGAGCUGGCCGAGUUCUCGGAGCCCAUGUGGCCCUGGCAAGGUGAAAUGGGCCCCCACGCAGGCCUGGAGAUCACAGAGGAGCCAGAAGACGUGGAUGCGCUGUUGGCGGAGGCUGCCGUGGGCAGGAAGUGCAAGUGGUCCUCACCGUCACGCAGCCUCUUCCACUUCCCUGGGAGGCACCUGCCACUGGAUGAGCCCGCGGAGCUGGGGCUGCGUGAGAGAGUGAAGGCCUCCGUGGAGCACAUCUCCCGGAUCCUGAAGGGCAGGCCGGAAGGUCUGGAGAAGGAGGGACCCUCCAGGAAGAAGCCAGGCCUUGCUUCCUUCCGGCCGUCAGGUCUGAAGAGCUGGGACCGAGCGCCGACGUUCCUAAGGGAGCUCUCAGAUGAGACUGUGGUCCUGGGCCAGUCAGUGACACUGGCCUGCCAGGUGUCGGCCCAGCCAGCUGCCCAGGCCACCUGGAGCAAAGAUGGAGUCCCCCUGGAGAGCAGCAGCCGUGUCCUCAUCUCCACCACCCUCAAGAACUUCCAGCUUCUGACCAUCCUGGUGGUGGCAGCUGAGGACCUGGGUGUGUACACCUGCAGCGCGAGCAAUGCGCUGGGGACAGUGACCACCACGGGCGUCCUCCGGAAGGCAGAGCGCCCCUCAUCCUCGCCAUGCCCGGAUAUUGGGGAGGUGUACGCGGAUGGGGUGCUGCUGGUCUGGAAGCCCGUGGAAUCCUAUGGCCCUGUGACCUACAUUGUGCAGUGCAGCCUAGAAGGUGGCAGUUGGACCACACUGGCCUCCGACAUCUUUGACUGCUGCUACCUGACCAGCAAGCUCUCCCGGGGCGGCACCUACACCUUCCGCACAGCAUGUGUCAGCAAGGCAGGAAUGGGCCCCUACAGCAGCCCCUCGGAGCAAGUCCUCCUGGGAGGGCCCAGCCACCUGGCCUCUGAGGAGGAGAGCCAGGGGCGGCCAGCCCAACCCCUGCCCAGCACAAAGACCUUCGCAUUCCAGACACAGAUCCGGAGGGGUCGCUUCAGUGUGGUGCGGCAGUGCUGGGAGAAGGCCAGCAGGCGGGCGCUGGCGGCCAAGAUCAUCCCCUACCGCCCCAAGGACAAGACGGCAGUGCUGCGUGAAUACGAGGCCCUCAAGGGCCUGCGCCACCCGCACCUGGCCCAGUUGCAUGCAGCCUACCUCAGCCCCCGGCACCUGGUGCUCAUCUUGGAGCUGUGCUCUGGGCCCGAGCUGCUCCCCUGCCUGGCUGAGAGGGCCUCCUACUCAGAAUCGGAGGUGAAGGACUACCUGUGGCAGAUGCUGAGCGCCACCCAAUACCUGCACGCCCAGCACAUCCUGCACCUGGACCUGAGGUCUGAGAACAUGAUUAUCACCGAAUACAACCUGCUCAAGGUCGUGGACCUGGGCAAUGCACAGAGCCUCAGCCAGGAGAAGGUGCUGCCCUCAGAGAAGUUCAAGGACUACCUAGAGACUAUGGCUCCAGAGCUCCUGGAGGGCCAGGGGGCUCUUCCGCAGACAGACAUCUGGGCCAUCGGUGUGACAGCCUUCAUCAUGCUGAGCGCCGAGUACCCGGUGAGCAGCGAGGGUGCACGCGACCUGCAGAGAGGACUGCGCAAGGGGCUGAUCCGGCUGAGCCGCUGCUACUCGGGGCUGUCCGGGGGCGCCGUGGCCUUCCUGCGCAGCACUCUGUGCGCCCAGCCCUGGGGCCGGCCCUGCGCGUCCAGCUGCCUGCAGUGCCCGUGGCUGACAGAGGAGGGCCCGGCGUGUUCGCGGCCCGCGCCCGUGACCUUCCCUACCGCGCGACUGCGCGUCUUCGUGCGCGAUCGCGAGAAGAGACGCGCGCUGCUGUACAAGAGGCACAACCUGGCCCAGGUGCGCUGAGGGUCGCUCGGAGCCGCACCUCUCGGUCUCCCCGCUGGGGCUCGCUGCAGACGCGCCAAUAAAAACGCACAGCCGGGCGAGAA